CAAGUGGUCUCUCGUGUAGUGCAUGAAGUAGCUACAUCCAUUAUUACUGAACUUGGGAAUCAAUGGAUACAUUUUCCAACAACUAAUGAAGAGAAAAACAACCUAAAAGCUAGGUUCAUGGAAAAGACUGGAUUCCCUGGAGUCAUUGGUGCUAUUGAUUGCACUCACGUGGCAAUUUUAGCUCCAGCACAAGAGGAACACAAUUAUUUAAACCGAAAAGGAUAUCACUCUAAAAAUGUUCAAAUUAUUUGUGACUACGAUUUAAACAUUUUAAAUAUAAAUGCACAAUAUGCUGGUGCUACCCAUGAUGCCUUCAAUUGGAGGAAUUCAUUCGUACAACAAGAAAUGGAAAGGUCAUACAACAGAGGUGAUCAUCAUACUUGGUUGUUAGGGGAUUCAGGAUAUCCUCAACAGCCACGGAGUUCUUAA